UGUUCAGGAAUAUUUGGAAUAUAAAUACAUGUCAAUAAGAGCGUCCAAACAGACUGACGUCUGGAUUUUCAUCUGGUCACUUCAUCAGAAAUCUGACCAUGAAGCUGGUAUCCGUCAUCGUCCUCCUCCUGGCUCCGGUGUUUACCAGCGGCUACAAGCUCGUCCUCCCAGUGGACUGCGGUGACAUCUAUAACAAUGACAACACCCAACCCAGUGGAGUGUACACCAUCUAUCCCAUCGGAGCCACGUCUGCUGUCCAGGUGUACUGUGACAUGGACUCACUAGAUGGACGGUGGACGGUGUUCCAGAGGAGGAUGGACGGCUCGGUGAACUUCUACAGGCCCUGGGAUCACUACAAGAUGGGCUUUGGUGUCGCUGCGGGAGAGUACUGGCUCGGUCUUGAGAAUCUCUUCCACCUGACUCUGAGGAAAAAGUACGAGCUGCUGGUCAACAUGGAGGACUUUGGUGGAAACAAAGUGUUUGCUCGUUACUCCUCGUUCUCCAUCGAUCCAGAGUCCUACGGAUACAUGCUGCAUGUGUCUGGAUUCACUGAUGGAGGUGCAGGAGACUCCCUGAGUUAUCACAAUGGACGUCAGUUCUCCACCUUCGACAGAGACCAGGACACCUGGGGGGACGGGAACUGUGCCAAAUUCCACCUGGGGGCGUUCUGGUAUGGACACUGUCAGCUUGCAAAUCCAAACGGGGUUUAUCGAUGGGGGGCUGACAGCACACUUUCUCGUGUUGGAGUGGAGUGGCACUACUGGAAGGGUAAUGACUACUCCCUGAAGACCAUCAGCAUGAAGAUCCGUCCUGUGCAGUAGUUCUCCAGGACCGACGUACAGCAGACUAUCAGAUGACUUUUUUAUUUUUUAACUAAAAAACAAAAAUGAUUCACUGCUGGUUAAGAUGUGACCUUCAGUCUGCUGGCUGCAAACACUCAGCUGUAAAGUCAAACUAACUCGCUUCAACAAUGUUUGUUGGAGGUUUGAAACAUUGAUGUGAAUCAUUAUCUGCUGUAUGGUGACAAUAAAUGAGAAGCUGAGCAGAAA